CUCGAUUUUCUUCCUCGCGGAUAUCCAAAAUCAACUGUCAACCCAACUUCUAACUCGACUACCAACCUCUUAUCAUACUCCCAACCCUCCUCAAGUUGGUCUAUCCAAGUCAUCCAGCAAGAAUGUGCACUCAGGUAUGGGUGUCCUACAGGUGCGGCUGCCGGGCCAAAACCGAGUUCAAACAAUGUGAUCGCCUCUACGAUCGACAGUCCAAUCUACAGUGCAGUCAGACAGCUGCCGCAGAAACCGAAUCCCGCAACUACUGUUCCUACCACCUCCCCAAGGAAGACAAAGCUACCUGGGAGUACACGGGCCGAGUUGCUUCCAAGCCUUGAUGGAGAAGUCCACAUCGGAAUAUAGGGUUGACCAAC